AUGAGACUUUCUACAAGACCCAGCUAUAUUUCGAAUAGUGCACGUUUAGAUAAUAAGAGUGCAAAUUCAAAAAAAUCUACCACAUAUUCUUUUGAACAGAAUGAAGAAAAUAGACGAAAUUUAUCUUCCAGAUUAAUAUGUACUAAAUAUUCAUGCAUAACUAUAUUGGGAGUUUUAUGUGUCCUUAUACUGAAUGUUUUCUUAACUAAAGAAAGUUCAUCAUCACUUAUAAAAAUAAAUUUUAAUAAUUCCAGAAAAUUAGCUGAAGCAUCUAUGGAAGAUAAUCAAAGUGUAAAACUCAAAAAUAGUUCUGAUAAUGAUGUUGAAGAUGAGAAUGAAAAUAGUGAAUAUGAACAAAAUAAUGAAUCUUUUUAUAAUAAAAGAUUUGAAGAAGAUAUACAAGAUAUAAUAAAUAGUACAUCUAUAGCUCCCUUAGAUGGAAAAUAUUAUGAUACCGUUGAACAAUGGAGUGAAGAAAAAAUAAAACAUAAUUUAAACAAAUUAGAUGAUAUACCUUCCAAAUUAGAUAUGCUUAUAAUAUGGACACAAGUACAAGGAAGUGAAAGACUUAAAACAUAUAGUAUGGUAUACACCUUAAGAAGAAUAUAUAAAAAUUUAAUAAAAGAAUAUAACUUAAAACAAAAACAUAAAGAAAUUGAAUGGCUUACACUCUGUUCUAAUGUUGCAACUUCACAAAUAUAUGAGGAAUAUAAAAAUAAUUUAUGUUUCUAUGCAUUAAUGAAUAAUGAAAAUGUAACAAAACAAGAAUUUACAGAUUUUAUUAAUAAUAUCAUACAUAAUUUUAGAUUUAUAAGAGAACAAGAAUUUGAUAAUGCUCAAGAAGACUUAUUUGAUAUACUUACACCAAAAAAUAUAAUUUAUCAAUAA